AUGAUGGUAAGACAUGCGUCAAGUUUAGGAAUGGCAUCAUCUCUCUCUCUCUCUCUCUCUCAAUGA